AUGGAAAUCCAGUCGAUAGCCGUCAAGUCAUUCCAAAUCAUCCAACCAAACGAUUCAUCCAAGCCAUACGUUCUUUAUACAAUUGAAAUCGGCACCAAGCUCAAAUCUUACACAAUAUGUCGGCGUUAUUCGCAAUUCGAACGCUUAAGUGAGGACCUCAAGGGGGAGCUGGACUCGGCUACCUCCCGUCGUUGGUUGCCCAUCUUGCCACCCAAGUCGACUAGCUUUCUCGGCUAUCUCACCGGCUCGAGCAGUCUGAUCAACCAGCCAUCAAAAAUUGUGGAGCGUCAAGCUGGCCUUGAACGAUGGUUGAAAACAGUAAUCGUUCACAAGGAGCUGAAGGAUAAAACUUCAAAGAGCCGGGCGCUCAUGGAUUUUUUAGAGCAUCCCUCAACGCUAAAUUCGAAUUCAUCUCUAUCAACCAAGGCGAGCAGCAUGGGUGGUACUUCUGCGAACCCAUUUACGUCACAGAGCUGGCUGGCCGAACACAAUGAAAUUCGGGGCAGUGUCAGGGAGAUGCAUGAUCUACUCUCCCGUCGGGACGAGCUCCAUCAUCAGUCCACUUCCACAUCAGCUACCCUCACCGAGCUGAACCGGAUCAACGUCACUGCAAAGCGAAACUUGGAAAAUAUUACUGCUCGCCUCGGACGGCUAACUGAAAGCCUCAAGCAAUUCACUCAACCUACCAGUCCAAAGGACCGUACCAUUCUUACUGGAGGAGAAAUAUCUAGGAGAAUGCAACUUGUAUCUACAUUACAAGACGAUUGUGAAAGCCUAAGUAAGAAGAUUUUGGCUCGGGCAGAAAUCGGGACUGGGAUCCGGCAAGCGAACCAACUGAUUUCCUCGGAAGCGGCGUCACGAGACCGAGCAGAGCUGUUAGGAAUCCAUAGUAACAGUUCGACUAGUCGACCGACAACAAGAGUCCUCGGUCCAGGUGGAUCAGCUUCACGUAAUCUUCCGGCGGAGGAAACAGCUGAAACCAGACAACGAGAUAACAGACAGUUGAUCGACCACCAGCUCCACCAAGUCAUAGGCCAAACUCAAGAUGAAAAAUUGAAAUCCCUCACCGAUAUCCUUUCGAGACAAAAACAGCUCGGCUUGAUGAUCCAUCAAGAACUGGCCGAACAGAAUGAAAUCUUGGAAGACUUGGAUAAAGACCUCGAUUCGGCUUCGAGGAAAUUGAAGGAUGCUACUAAGAAGAUUAAUCGGCUCACUUGA